AUGAUUUUUUUGGUUCAACCUAUUGGAUCCGGCCCUUGCUACCAAAGCAUUGGACCGGGUUCGAGUCCGGCGUACACCAAUGAAUAUUUUCAAUAUUUAAGUGUAUUAUUCUGCUCAGCCCAAGAAAUACAAACGAGUUCCAAUCUCAAAAGUUUACCCCCUACCGUAGUCGCGCAUGACCUUAUAAACUUGUAA